UAUGGACCUUAUCAACGUUUCUAAUUAGCUCUAUUUCACUUAUAGUCUAAAUUACCAAGAUAUCAUUAUAGUACUUGAGACAAGCGAGGAAAAACUCGAUUGCUUCUCACCUUUCUUACGUUCUUCAAGACUUUUGGUAAAAAGUUUUCCAAAUAAUCUCUAGUAGCAGUUUUCAAUCGCUGCUAUAAAGUUUAUCGACAGAACAGAAAUGAAUCAAUUUGACUUCUAUAGCGAGGGAGUGUUUCCCACAAACACGACAUUUAGCGCAGACAUAAGUUUCAAGCCGGAUGUGAAUAUGAUCACAGUUGUCGGCAACAUGGUCUUGUCGGCUCUCUGCAUUGCUACCCAACUGGUCAUCAUCUGUGUCUCUGUGGGGCUAGAGGGAGACUUUUCGGCCAGGAAUCUCAUCGGCUUCCAGGCCUGCUGCGAGAUUCUGAAGCGACUCGCGAGUGUCCAUUUUGCGUCUUGUCUCAUUCAUACACAUCGCUUCUGUUCCUUCACCCGGAGUCUCAUCCAGUGCAAGUUCAUGAUCUAUCUGCCCUCACUGCUCUUUGUCAUCCCAGACUGGAUGAACCUUCUGGUGUCUCUGGACCGCAUCAUCGCAGUCAGUCCACACAGUGCGUUCUGGUACAAACAAAACUGCACGCGAAAUGCCGCCUGGAUUCCGAUUGUACUGAUGACGUCACUCGUGUCGGUGGUGAUGUUUCCGAGACUCAUUUUCGGCUCCAUUUCCGAGGACGGGUCUGUGUGUCGUGUGGAAACUGGGGAGUUUCUGUUGAUGACGGCUACUGAGACCAUGUAUGUGGGUCUUGCGGCGUCCAUCUACGUGGCUAUCUGUAAUGUCAUCCUCAUUGCUCUGAUGAAGAUGAGACCUAGACAGUCUCGAAAUGAGAAAUCGGUGCGUAUUCACCACUGUAAAUUUCAGAGACAAACUUCGCAAUGA